UUUUUUCAUAGCUCCUAUGGUUUAUAUUGCAGAAAUAUUAUAUUGUAUUUUAAUGAUAUUUCAAGAAUUGAUUUUUAUUUUGUGUUUCUGUUUUUAGCAGUUGGUGUUUACUUUUGGUGGUUUUUUUUGCAAUUCAAGAUUAUUAAUGGAAGAGGAUGAUAAUUGUUUGUGAUCUGGAGUUUUGUCUGUAAUGCUGUUUGUUUCAUUUUUUUUCUAUUCACGUGCAUAUUCUUGAUUCAAUGAUUUGUGGAGUCAUGAUCUUCUUGUUGAUCAGUCUUUUUGAUGUUUGUGAAGUGAUCAUUCAUUGCUACUUAUUUUGUUUGAUUUCUGUGUUUCAAGAAUUUCUGAACCUUGAAUUAUGAGUUUGAAUAAUUUCUGAAUUUCAGAAUUUGAUUACUGGUUUUGUUGUGAGCCGAGGGUAUACCGGAAACAGCCUCUCUACCUUCGUAAAGUAGGGGUAAGUAGUGGCAGUGUUAUCUUACAUUUUCUAAAGAAGGAUGGCUCUUUCUUGGGCUAAUAAAGAUGGAAGAGAAGUGAGGAUUUAUGAGUAUUUGGAUGAACUCAGCACAGAUUUGGCAGAUUAUAUUGCAGAAUUAUCAGAGGCUUCUGUGAAGGAGAGGGGUGUAUUUGCUGUUGCUUUAUCUGGUGGUUCCCUUAUCAGCUUAAUGGGAAAAUUAUGUGAAGCUCCUUAUAGCAAAACUGUUGAUUGGGCAAAGUGGUAUAUAUUUUGGGUGGACGAGCGUGUGGUUGCGAAAAAUCAUGCUGACAGUAAUUACAAGCUAGCCAAAGAUGGACUUUUGUCGAAGGUGCCUAUUGUUCCAAGCCAUGUACAUUCCAUUAACUACACGGUCUCAGCAGAGAAAGCUGCCGAAGACUAUGAGUUUGUUAUUAGACAGCUCGUGAGGACUCGUGUAAUCAGCGUUUCUGACAUCAGCGACUGCCCCAAGUUUGACCUCAUCCUUCUAGGAAUGGGACCGGAUGGACAUGUCGCGUCUCUUUUCCCUAAUCACUCCAUACUUGAUGAGAAAGAAGAGUGGGUAACUUUUCUCACCGACUCACCCAAGCCCCCUCCAGAGAGGAUUACUUUCACUUUACCGGUUAUCAACUCUGCAUCCAAUGUAGCUAUAGUUGUAACUGGAAGCAGUAAAGCAGAGGCUGUGCAUUCAGCGAUUGAUGGUGUUGGACCUGACUGCCCGACGUUGCCUGCAAAAAUGGUCCAGCCAAGUAAAGGGAAUUUGGUUUGGUUUCUAGACAAGGCAGCCGCCUCAAAACUUGACGGCGCAAAAUUUUCAGAGUAGUAGGGCCAGGCUUUUAAAUGUGUAUGAUUGUGUAUUUAGAAAAGGCAUAUGCAACUUAGUUCAUUCUCAUCUUUCAUCAAGUCUUAUAUUUUGAUCUUCCCUUUUUUCCCAAAAUUUUUGAUAGCUUUUCCUGUUUGAGAAGAAAUAUAGGAACUUUUUCUUCUGUUGGAUUAGGUAUCUUCCACCUGCAGUCCUCUCUUCUGAGGUGGGUUUUGAGAAGUGUGGUUAUCUUUUUGUUGGGGAAGAUGGCAAUAAAAUUGGAUCCUUAUAUAGAAAA